ACGGAAUUCAAUGAAUAACCGAGCGUCCGAGAGUCCGGAUGCCUCGCAAGUGAGCUUCGUCGCCAUGAACACCUUGGUCGUUGCCCUUUUCGCCUUGACGGCGUCCGCCUCGGCCCAAGUGGAGGCGCCGGCACCUCCGAUGCCAACUCACGAUCAAUCACCGGAGACGAAUCUGGGUGGCAUUUCUGGUUCGGAGCCCCGAACAGCGAACGACAUUUUCCAGCGGGUCGAAGGCUCGAAAAGGCUCGAAAUGGCAGCGCCUCCCGUAGCCAUCGUUAGCCAAUCCCAAGAGAUAAAUCCGGAUGGCAAUUUCCAUUCGAAGUUCGAAACAGCGAACGGCAUUCUCCAAGAGAUUGAGGGCUCGGUUAAAAAACUGGAAAAUGGCACCACGAUCGAAGUCAUCGAGGGUAGCGUUUCAUGGAAGGCGCCCGAUGGCGUAGUCUACAAUUUCACCUACAUCGCGGAUGAGAAUGGAUACCGGCCCCAGGGUGAUUUUUUACCAACACCACCCGCACCUCAAGUUCGGUCUGAACGUAGAGUCUAAUCGUCGGGAAAUCUACGGGGAUGCUCGACACGUUUUUUUUCUAUCAAACUUAUUAUCACUUACGCAACGAUGGCCAAAGGCGGUUUGUCCUGUUAAUUAACACGUCGUUUCAUUAAUUAUUUGGUAAACAACGGUCAGGAAGAUCCAGGUCAAGUCUCUGGUGCCUCUGAUCGAAAUGAUAUCAGCAAUAGUUCCGAUAUGUUGGGUUUUUAUGGAAAUCAGUCACGUGGAACGUUAGGCGUAAUUAGGAGGUUUCGUGUAAUUACCAUCAUCCACGACUACUCGGGACGGUCCUUGGCUCUGUUUAACGAACUUUCACCGGGGUGGCACUCUUGGGAUAUUCAUUUUGUUAGUUUCAGCGUGUUCGGGUUACCCGUGGUCCAAUCAGUUGCAUCUACUCGUCGAUUAGUGAACGCUCAGCUUUAAGAAAAGGGAAUCACCCCCUUCCGAUGCAAUUCAUUAUCCGCCCACCACGUAUCGAUCUAGCAUCGUAUCUGCGAACGCGAAACAUCCAAAAUCCAGAUCCUUUCCUCCUCUUUAUUAAAAAUUUUUUUCUCCAAUCGUUCACUCCACCUAACAAUCUUUGCAACUUUUUAAUUAAAUACCCGAAGGCUGCCGAUGAGCUCACUCGUUAAUAGAACUUUAGCGCAAUUGUUUGUUGCGGCGUUUCAUCAGUCAAUUCAUUAGUGGAUUGAUCGGUUGUCGAAAGUCGCGUCCGCGAAUUUUAUGAUAGACCUGACGGCUCUUUUCUUUCUCAUGCCGCAACUGAAAAUACAGUUCUCUGCGCGGUUUUUAAUUUUCCAACUACCCCGUAGGUGACACACGCACUCCUUGUCAGAUAUAUAAAAAGUCCAUCGAGAUUAGGAUAUUUCACAACACUAUAGGUGUGCGAAGUUGGGCGACAGAGUGAUGGGCGUGGUAUUUGUGGUAUUGUCUUUGAAAUUUAUUGCGGCAAUAGUCCUAAUUCUCGUCCCCGUUAGACGGUAAUCAUGUGCAGGUCUUGCGAUCCGUUACCCGUUAGUUCUAUUAUUAUUAGAUCGUCGCGUGAUCCAUAGAUCAUAGCGACUGCCCACCACAUUUCGAUCACGCCUCUGCAAAGCAGAAACCUUCGGAUGCGGCGUACAAUCGAUACGCGGAUUGUUGGAACGACACGUACAUCGCGUGAACUUUCCGUUUCAAUUGCAAAUGUGACAGCGAUCGUUUUUUUUUUUCGAAGUUAUCAAUUCUUACUUUUAUCCCGUGUUUUGCAAUUAACGAUUAUAAUAUUCUUCCUGGUUUUAUCAUUGCAUUGGCAUAAUACGUGGGUAUACAUGUAAUAGUUGAUAAGUAUUAUUGCAAAUAAAUAUAUAUACAUAUGCACGCAUAUUAAAGAGUUCGGCAAAUAAAUCUUUUUCUCUUUUGAAAGGCGUGUAGCGUCCAUUAGCCUUGUGCAAAGUGUCAUAAUUACCAUGCUUUUAUCUAGAUGUAAUAAAUAGUGAAAAUUUACUUUCUCAUAAUAGAAAUAAUAAACGCGUCUUCUCUAAUCAGCGUCACGUUAAGAUAAUGUAUCUAAUAUACACCGACAAAUGCCUUACACGAAGAAGUCCCGGUAAUGUGCUUUUGAUUGAUGACACGAAUCGUCACGUUCAAUUCAGGAAAUUAUUACUCUAUCACCGGUCGCGGAUUCUCUCAGCAUUGACAUUAUACGGGUGUCAGUGAGAGUUGAGAAAGAAAUAGGAAAAAAUCAUAAAGAUAAACCGGAUUCAACUAUCGCGAAAUUUUCAAUCGAUACUACUCAACUUUCAUUGAUUACAAGUUCCUCGAAAUUUUUGGAAAUUAGAUUGUAGAAAUAAAGGCGGAAAAUCAUUACACCUCAAAUUCCACGAAAAUUGACGGUCGUAAAUCGUGGGUUGGGCUCCAACUGAAAUGUAUACCUAAAAUAAAAGAAAGAAUAAAAUACGACCUGUCUUUUCGUUGAUUACAGGAGCGGCUUGUUUCAUUAUUAUGGGGAUAUCUGGUUCAGUUUCUCAUCGUUUCUAGAAAUAAAAAAAAAAAAAAGUCGAACCGUACGCAAUCAAGUGCGAGAAACUCAGCUGGGAAGCGUCUCAACGCAAUCGAAACGUCUGCAAGGGUUUCAGAAAAUCAUCUUUCUUGUUACUAUUUUAUUAUUUUGACCUUAUUCGCUUUUUCAUCUCGCUUAAUCAUCGAUAUUUUC